AUGUUUGAAGAUACAACAACAUUCCAGAACCCAGUUUUAGACAGCCCCGAUAUUGUUUUACGCCGUUUUCAGCGAUGCAUAGCUUUAGAGCAUCAACAAAAUAACGCAACAGAUUGGAAUCGUGAAUUAGCUCAUAAAGUAUCCAAUCUGCGAAAAAUUCUCCGUGAAAACAGGCAUGCUAUCGAUCGCCUUAAGUCUCGACAUCAAAAGCUGCUCAAUGAAGUGAGAACGCAGGAAGAUGAGCUUCAAAAACUGUGUGCCAAAAUAAAAUUCCUGAAUGAACGUCUAGAGAAUAUGCCUUGUGUUAAUGAAGAUGUGGUUAACUCCACCAAGGCAGUCGAUGCUGAAGUCAGUCGUUUAAGUGGACGCGUUGCCAUGUACCAGGAUACGUUUGGAUUGAGGAUAGUGCGAACCAAGGGUCAUCAAAAUAUCCAAAUAAUUUUUUCUAAUUGUUGUGAAGACGACCAUACUCUCUCCAGUUAUGUGGUGCUUCGACUCAAAUCGGAGGCGUCUAACUGCAAGGCCCAACUUGUGAAAUGCAAUCCUCCUAUUAAGGAUAUUGAAAAACUGGUGGAACAUUAUAACAAAUCUGACAAUACCCGCAGCUUCCUCCUUAUCCUGCGACAUCAGUUCGUCAAAUACUACAAACUUCGUAAGAAGGCUGAUAGCAAAAUGUCUUCAUAG